AGAGAGAGGGAGAGAAAAAUGAAAAGAAAAGGCAAGUUCUUUCUCUUCUGAUCUUCAAUUCCAAUAUAAUUCUCAUCAAAAUCACGAAAUUUCUUGCGUAAUUCACAAAUUCCGGCGAUUUUUUUUUUUAUUGAAGCUUCACGUUUCCAUGCAAAGCCCUUUUGUAAAUAGAGGAGGCAUGACCAUAACUUUCAUCUUGAAAAACCAUGAUUUUUAUCCACUGUAAGGAGGCCGACACUUAUCUCGUUACAUCAUGUGGAGAUCUAUAUCACGUUCGAUAAUCCCAGGUUUCGGGCGAAAGGAGAACAUUUCCGAGCUAGCCAGAUCUUGCCACGAUUUGUCCGACGACGAGACAUCCUCGAACGCCAGCUCAGACGAAGGGCUCGAAUGCCCGAUAUGUUGGGACUCGUUCAACAUUGUGGAAAACGUGCCCUACGUUUUAUGGUGUGGACACACUCUGUGCAAGAACUGCGUGCUGGCUCUUCGUUCGGCUUCUCUCAAGUUCUCCGCGCAACACAUCAAGAUUCCGUUCUUCGUUUCCUGCCCAUGGUGCAAUUUGUUGACAUUCCGAUUCUCUUACAAGGGGAAUCUUCGAUUCCCAAGCAAGAAUUACUUCCUUCUCUGGAUGGUCGAGAGCAGAAAUGGCGACAGAGUGAAUAAUCAGUAUCACUCUUCUAAUACUGCCAAUAGGAGAAUGCACCGUCUUGGUCGGCAAAUUUCCAGCAUCAAUAAUAAUAAUGAUAAUAAUAAUAAUCGUGGCCGCUACACCAACAGCUUCACUUCUGAAAGGCGCCACCUGUCACUCCACAAGUCGCUGGAUUUAUUCAUUCGAAUGACAGCUAAGUUUCCGUUGGUUAUACUGCUUUUGAUAGUUGUGUUUGCAGUGCCCGCUAGCGCUGCUGUCUUAAUGGUGCACAUGGUAAUAACAGUGCUGUUUGCACUACCGGCCUUCUUGGUGCUGUAUUUUGCGUAUCCUGCUUUCGAUUGGCUGCGACGAGAAAUCAGAACUUGAACCACAAGAUUUUUUUUUUGUCUGAUCUGCUGAUUUUUUUUUUAUUUUUUAUUAUUUUGAAGUUUUUGAACAAAUCUUUCCUCGAUGAGGGAAAAAUACGUUUUUGUAUCCUGUAACAAUUUUUAUCUUUUAUAA